AUGAUUGACCAAUAUAAACAUCAACAACUUCAAAUUGGACUCGUUUCCCCUCAACAAAUAAAGGCUUGGGCUAACAAAAACCUACCUAAUGGAGAAGCCGUUGGCGAAGUCACAAGGCCCUCUACUUUUCAUUAUAAAACCGAUAAACCAGAAAAAGAUGGAUUGUUUUGCGAAAGAAUCUUUGGACCCAUAAAAAGCGGGAUUUGCGGUUGUGGCAAUUCUCGAGCGAGCGGAGCUGAAAACGAAGACGAAAGAUUUUGCCAAAAAUGCGGGGUAGAAUUUGUGGAUUCUCGGAUACGAAGAUAUCAAAUGGGAUACAUCAAACUCGCAUGUCCCGUGACUCAUGUGUGGUAUUUGAAAGGUCUUCCUAGUUAUAUCGCGAAUCUUUUAGAUAAACCUCUUAAGAAGUUGGAGGGCCUAGUAUACGGCGAUUUCUCUUUUGCUAGGCCCAGCACUAAAAAACCCACUUUUUUACGAUUACGAGGUUUAUUCGAAGAGGAAAUUGCAUCCUGUAACCACAGCAUUUCUCCCUUUUUUUCUACCCCAGGCUUUGCAACAUUUCGAAAUCGGGAAAUUGCGACAGGAGCAGGUGCUAUUAGAGAACAAUUAGCAGAUUUGGAUUUGCGAAUUAUUAUAGAGAAUUCUUUGGUCGAAUGGAAGGAAUUAGAAGACGAGGGGUAUAGUGGAGAUGAGUGGGAAGAUAGAAAAAGACGAAUAAGAAAAGUUUUUUUGAUUAGACGCAUGCAAUUGGCGAAACAUUUUAUUCAAACAAAUGUAGAACCAGAAUGGAUGGUUUUGUGCUUAUUACCGGUUCUUCCUCCCGAAUUGAGACCUAUUGUUUAUAGGUCUGGAGAUAAAGUAGUGACUUCAGACAUUAAUGAACUUUAUAAGAGAGUUAUCCGUCGGAACAACAAUCUUGCCUAUCUAUUAAAAAGAAGUGAAUUAGCGCCAGCAGAUUUAGUAAUGUGCCAGGAAAAAUUGGUACAAGAAGCCGUGGAUACACUUCUUGAUAGUGGGUCCCGCGGGCAACCGACGAGGGAUGGUCACAAUAAAGUAUACAAAUCACUUUCAGAUGUAAUUGAAGGUAAAGAGGGAAGGUUUCGCGAGACUCUGCUUGGGAAACGGGUCGAUUACUCGGGGCGUUCUGUCAUUGUUGUGGGUCCUUCGCUUUCAUUACAUCAAUGUGGAUUACCUCUAGAGAUAGCAAUAAAGCUUUUUCAGCUAUUUGUAAUUCGCGAUUUAAUCACGAAACGCGCCACUUCUAAUGUCAGGAUUGCUAAAAGGAAAAUUUGGGAAAAGGAACCCAUUGUAUGGGAAAUACUUCAAGAAGUUAUGCGGGGACAUCCUGUACUGUUAAAUAGAGCACCUACUCUGCAUAGAUUAGGCAUACAGGCCUUUCAACCCACUUUAGUAGAGGGGCGUACUAUUUCUUUACACCCAUUAGUGUGUAAGGGUUUCAAUGCAGACUUUGAUGGAGAUCAAAUGGCUGUUCAUCUACCUUUAUCCUUGGAAGCUCAGGCGGAAGCCCGUUUACUUAUGUUUUCUCAUAUGAAUCUCUUAUCUCCUGCUAUUGGGGAUCCUAUUUGCGUACCAACCCAAGACAUGCUUAUCGGGCUUUAUGUAUUAACAAUUGGAAAGCGUCGAGGUAUUUGUGCAAAUAGAUAUAAUAGUUUCAGAAACUAUCCAAAUUUAAAAGUCAAUUACAAUAAUAAUAAUUCUAAGUAUAGGAAAGAUAAAGAACCCCAUUUUUCUAGUUCUUAUGAUGCACUGGGAGCUUAUAGACAAAAACUAAUCAGUUUAGAUAGUCCCUUGUGGCUACGAUGGAACCUGGAUCAACGCGUCAUUGGGUCAAGAGAAGUUCCGAUUGAAAUUCAAUAUGAAUCUUUGGGGACUUAUCAUGAGAUUUAUGCUCACUAUCUAAUAAUGGGAAAUAGAAAAAAAGAAAUUCGUUCGAUAUACAUUCGAACCACUCUUGGUCAUAUUUCUUUUUAUAGAGAAAUAGAGGAAGCCGUACAAGGAUUUAGUCAGGCCUAUUCAUACACUACCUAA